UCCUCUGUUCUGUUCAGUAUAUGGCAAUCACUUCAUCCACCACUGCAGUGCACCCACCUGUGGGCCUGGGGGAGGGCGUGGGUUGAAAAACUGCUCAAGAACACAGAAGUUUAGGAAGGGUCAUGAAGAACACCACAAGUGGAACUGCAGAGAGGGGGUUACACAGGCAGAAAGCGAGUCAACAAAAGCCCUUAGUCAGGAUUCGUAACUUGAAAUUGACUUCUUUGGAAAUUGCCAUAGAACCUUUAAUGGACAUCAUCAGCCGGAACUGGGAUCUGAUGAAUCCCACAAAAGUCAGCACCUGCUACACAACAGAUGCUCUGAUCACCAAGGACUUGGUACUGAUUUAGAGAGAAGAGAGCAGCUCCUAGCAGCAUCAACAUCUAUUGGUCGUUUCUUUGCCCUGCAGCAAUUCACCUGCCUUUCCUUCUCCCAUCCUUUUACUGGAUAUGCUGCAGAAGGAUCCGUGCCAGAAACAAGCCUGUGAAAUACAGAAAUGUUUACAAGCCAACAACUACAUGGAAUCUAAGUGUCAGGCUGUCAUCCAAGAACUUCGUAAGUGUUGUGCUCGCUAUCCCAAGGGAAGAUCUCUCGUCUGUUCAGGAUUUGAAAAAGAAGAGGAAGAAAAGCUGAAGUCCACAUCAAAGUAAAGUUCUGCGGAGAAGUUCAAUGCUGCACCACCUUUCCACCAAGCGAGUUCUAUUUAUCCUCCUGACUCUUCAGGCCAGGUAGCAGCAAUAGCAAAUGAAAAAGUCAACUAUAAAAGUUAAUAAAUAUGCCAUCUAUGCAGAACAGAUAGAAAUAUAUUAAAUAUGUAGAAUGUAAUAAAACUGAGCUGCUAAAAUAAACCUGUUAUGUG